GGCGGUGGCCGUCCUCAUCCUGGCGCUCGAGUGGACGCGGGGCUUCGCAAAUGGCUUGUCCCGCUCUCGGUUUGGAAGCUCUUCAGCCCCUGCAGCCCGAGCCGCCCCCCGAGCCUGCCUUCUCCGAGGCGCAGAAGUGGAUCGAGCAAGUAACCGGGAGAAGCUUUGGUGAUAAAGACUUUCGGACAGGGUUAGAAAAUGGAAUUCUUCUGUGCGAGUUGCUGAAUGCUAUAAAGCCAGGACUUGUUAAAAAGAUCAAUAGAUUGCCUACCCCCAUUGCAGGAUUGGACAAUAUUAUCUUAUUCUUGAGAGGUUGUAAAGAGCUCGGCCUUAAAGAGUCUCAGCUUUUUGACCCAAGUGACCUCCAGGACACGUCCAGCAGAGUAACAGUCAAGAGCCUGGAUUAUAGUAGGAAGCUGAAAAAUGUGUUAGUUACCAUUUACUGGCUGGGAAAAGCAGCGAACAGCUGUACAGCGUACAGUGGAACCACACUCAACCUGAAGGAGUUUGAAGGAUUGUUGGCUCAGAUGAGAAAGGAGACUGAUGAUAUUGAGAGUCCUAAACGCAGUAUCCGAGACAGUGGCUACAUCGACUGCUGGGAUUCUGAGCGCAGUGACUCGCUCUCUCCCCCUCGCCACGGCAGAGAUGAUUCCUUCGACAGCCUGGAUUCCUUUGGCUCCCGCUCCCGGCAGACACCUUCACCAGAUGUAGUCCUCAGGGGAAGCAGCGAUGGGAGAGGAAGUGACUCUGAACCUGACUUGCCGCAUCGAAAGCUGCCAGAUGUGAAGAAGGAUGACAUGUCUGCGCGGCGGACUUCCCACGGUGAGCCGAAAUCAGCAGUGCCUUUCAACCAGUACCUCCCAAACAAAAGCAACCAGACAGCCUACGUCCCCGCUCCCCUGAGAAAGAAGAAAGCAGAGCGUGAGGAAUACCGCAAGAGCUGGAGCACCGCCACCUCCCCCCUGGGCGGGGACCGGCCCUUCAGAUACGGUGCGAGAACUCCUGUGUCUGAUGACGCAGAGAGCACCAGUAUGUUCGACAUGCGGUGUGAGGAGGAGGCCGCGGUGCAGCCGCACAGCAGGGCCCGGCAGGAGCAGCUGCAGCUGAUCAAUAGCCAGCUGAGGGAAGAGGACGACAAAUGGCAAGACGACCUGGCUCGUUGGAAGAGUCGCAGAAGAAGUGUUUCUCAGGACUUAAUCAAGAAAGAGGAAGAAAGGAAAAAAAUGGAGAAGUUACUGGCGGGAGAGGACGGGACACGUGAACGAAGGAAAAGCAUCAAAACCUACAGAGAGAUUGUUCAAGAAAAAGAGCGGAGAGAGAGAGAGUUGCAUGAGGCGUAUAAGAACGCUCGGUCCCAGGAGGAGGCAGAGGGGAUCCUUCAACAGUAUAUUGAGAGGUUCACCAUCAGUGAGGCUGUUCUUGAACGCUUGGAGAUGCCAAAAAUUCUGGAAAGAAGCCAUUCAACAGAGCCAAACUUAUCCUCCUUCCUGAACGAUCCUAACCCCAUGAAAUACCUGCGGCAACAGUCACUGCCUCCACCCAAGUUCACUGCCAGUGUUGAAACCACCAUCGCUCCUGCCAGUGUUCUGGAUACCAGCACGUCAGCAGGCAGUGGGUCUCCAAGCAAAACUGUCACGCCCAAAGCAGUGCCUAUGCUGACACCCAAGCCUUAUUCCCAGCCCAGAAACUCUCAAGAGGUUCUGAAGACCUUUAAGGUAGAUGGGAAAGUCAGCAUAAAUGGAGAGACAGUUCAUGGAGAGGAGGAGGAGAAGGAGAGAGAGUGCCCCGCGGUGGCACCUGCCCCCUCCCUAACCAAGUCCCAGAUGUUUGAGGGUGUGGCCAGGGUGCAUGGGUCCCCUGUGGAGCUGAAACAAGACAACAAUAGCAUUGAGAUCAACAUCAAGAAGCCAAAUUCUGUUCCCCAAGAACUGACAGCAGCCUCUGAGGAAAGUGACCCAAAUGGUCAAGAAGAUGAGAAUGAUGGGAGGAAGCCUGGAGAAGGGAACACAGAACUUGUCUCAUCAGAGCUGCAACAUUUCACAACGACUGUGACUCGAUGCAGCCCGACCGUGGCCUUCGUGGAGUUUUCCUCCAGCCCCCAGCCGAAGAACGACGUGCCAGAAGAGCAAGGGCAGAAGAAACCCGGCAACGAAAUGAGCGGAAAGGUGGAGCUGGUGCUGUCGCAAAAGGUGGUAAAGCCAAAAUCUCCAGAACCAGAAGCAACCCUGACAUUUCCAUUUCUGGAAAAAAUGACUGAAUCCAACCAACUACAUUUGCCAAAUCUCAAUUCUCAAGAGCCGCCUGGCACUGCCAGUGUUCCGCUGAGAGUUCAGAACUCUUGGCGACGCUCCCAGUUUUUCUCCCAGUCAGUGGAUUCUCCAAGCAGUGAAAAGUCACCUGGGACCACACCUCAGUUCAAGUUCUGGGCGUGGGACCCAGAGGAGGAGCGCCGGAGACAGGAGAAAUGGCAACGGGAGCAGGAACGUUUGCUCCAGGAGAGAUACCAGAAGGAGCAGGACAAGCUGAAAGAAGAAUGGGAAAAGGCCCAGAGGGAAGUAGAAGAGGAAGAACGCAGAUACUACGAGGAGGAACGAAAAAUAAUUGAAGACACUGUGGUUCCAUUUACCAUUUCUUCAAGCUCUGCAGACCAGCUGUCCACAUCCUCCUCCGUGACUGAUAGCAGUGGGGCCAUGAAUAAGAUAGACUUGGAAAACUGUCAAGAGGAAAAACAAGAGAAAAGACAGAAGAAACCAUUCCAGGAGGAUGGCAGUGACUUAUUGCCUAAGACCGGGGAAAGUGAUUCACUGGAGGAGAAGGGCAGCCUAAUGCAAGGGGCUUUGGCUCAUUCUGAGAACCCCAGGUCCACGGGAGUCCAUCAGGAGCAUCAGCUGAAUACAGAGGCCGGGGCCUCGCACUGUGGGUUGAACCCACAGCUAGCUCAGGAUCCAUCCCAAAAUCAGCAGGUCUCAAACCCAGCAGGACCCUCUGCAGAGGAGAUGAAGCCAAAAUCCCUCCCACUAGGCAAAAGCAUUAACCAUCAGAUGGAGUCCCCGAGUGAAAGGCGGAAGUCCAUAAGUGGGAAGAAGCUGUGUUCCUCCUGUGGGCUUCCUUUGGGGAAAGGAGCUGCGAUGAUCAUUGAGACUCUCAAUCUCUAUUUUCACAUCCAGUGUUUUAGAUGUGGAAUUUGUAAAGGACAGCUUGGAGAUGCAGUGAGUGGGACCGACGUUAGGAUUCGAAAUGGUCUUCUAAACUGUAAUGAUUGCUACAUGCGAUCCAGAAGUGCUGGCCAGCCCACCACAUUGUGACUGUGACGUCGGAGUUUCCAGAUCACUCACCAUUUCUUUACUGAGGUCGCCCCUGGCAGUCGCUUCACUAAAUCCCAAGUUCAGGGGCUCCUUUGCAUUCACCUAAUUUCAGAAAGGCUGUUCUAAAAGGUGGUGUCUGUUCUUUUGUAGCACAGGGUUUGUGUUUUCCCGGGGUGGUGGUGUUUGUUUCUGCAUUUGCACAGUAUAUACAGAAGAAUAUCUGGGUGAAUUGACGGCGAAUAGUCCAAACGUGGUUUCAGAGUGGUCAGACAGGCUUACAGGUUAAAACGUGUUAUUCUUGUCUGGGAGAAUUAGCUAAAGGAUGCAGUAAGCCUGUUUUGUUUUAGAACUUAUAGGAAUUAAACACUUUAUGUUUACAAAAUUGAGCUGCAGAAAGUGAAAGACAUGCCAAUUUGAGACAUGGGGUCUUCUAAGACCGGAGCAUCAAUUUAACGCACUCAGCACUAAGCAUCACAGUGAACUGACUCUGAGCUAUCACCCGUUUUUAAUGCAAAGGCGCUAGUCUGGUAAUAUAUACUGUAAUCCUGAAAUAUUUGUGUUACUUACCUUUUGAGGUAGAAAUUAGACCAAUAAAUUAUUGCACCGUUAGUAUUAGAUUUUGUGUACCUUGGAAGUUAUGUCAUUAAUACAGGCUGGUUCAUCAAAUAAAGAGAACCCUUGCAGGAUCAGCUAGACUUAUACUCUGGGACAUUGCCCAAGGGCAGGAAGAAACUGGAGGGAAAUAUUUCAGUCAUCGUCUCUAAAGUUAUUACCAAAAUCAGUGAGGAAGUUUAAUCUUCCACAGAGUCGCGGGUCAAGGACAGCCAGGAGGCUUGUGUUUCUUUCUUCUUUCCAGGCAUUAGAUUAGGAGACUUAAUAUCAGGUGUGUGGAAUGUGAGACAUUGAGCUAAGUCCGUCAUCAGGUGUAACCCCAGCUCAGCCUUGCCUGCAAGUUCUCCUUGAGGGCCUGAAGCACAGGUGUCCAAAGAAAAGCAUCAAGGGCAUCCUAACCUCGGGGCAUUGGAUGUGUGAUCCACACGCCUGGACAGCUCAAAUUGUGCCCUGCCCACCCCGACGGACACUGCUCACCUUCAUUCCCCUGCGUCACCUCUAUACUCCCAAGAAUUCUGGACCUUGCUCGUGGAGACUUGAAGAGAGGAACUCUCCUAAAGAACUGGUUUAUUUUCUGCCCAGCAAGAUGAGUUUCAGCUGUCCAAGAAAGGAACAAAGUUACUAAAAAUUACAAUGUAGCUCUCCCAGCUGUUGGUGGGUUUUUUUUUUUAAAGACUAGAGGAAGGGGAACUAUUUAUUCUGCCUUAAAACGAUGGCAAAUAAGUCAAGAUGACAUUUUAUGAAUGUAGAUGGUAGAGACCCUCCUAAUAGGUUAAUGUAAUCAUAACGAGAGAUCCAGUAGAGGUUUUUGGGUUAUGUAAGCAAUAAUUUUUUUCUCUGUCUCUUACUGAGUAUGGCUAGCAAUUAUUUAUUUACACGUUAGAUGGGUUCUUUGCAUGUGGGUUCCAUAGGUACAGAAAUUUCCUCAACUGUUGGAGGUAUUUUGGCCAUUUUUGUCAUUUGGAUGAGCUGCCAUGAGAUUGAAAUUUACACAUCAUUUUAUUAAAAAUUGUGCCUUAGAAAAUGCAAAGCUGUUGCACAUAGUCAGUGAUGGAUUAUGGACGCAGUAGAGAGACGAAGUCACUUCCAAGUCGCCAAGACUUCUCCUAAAGGUGUUCGUUGUUUUACAGGAAAAAGAAAAAAAAAUUUAAAAAAAAAGAAAAAAAAAUUAAAAAAAAGAAAAAAGUUUUCAAAAUGUACAGAUUAAGUCCCAUAUUUUGAUUAGCCAGCUGCAUGUUUUAUUAAACAUUUUGAUAGUGUGGAUGUUUACACUUGGCAUGAUAUUAGCAGAGUACUUUACCGCAAAUAAUGCACAAAACAUGUACAAUAUGGUCGUUCAUAAACGAUUUUUAUAGAAUACUUUUUACAUGCGGAACUCCAUCCAUUAUGUGAGGAUUAUCUGAAUAUUGCACAUUCUCUUCUGGUUUCACAAACCCAUUUAUACAUAUUUCUUAGUGAGACUCAUUGUACAUGUAUUGAAGCUAGAAUCGAGUCAAGAAAAAUAAAGCCCCAUUCUCCAACUGCAAAACGUGCUUUCCCAGAACGAACACGAGUCACCAGCACGGAAUAAUCUCCCACAUUUCCUAAAUUCUAAUUGCCAACUGUUUCUAUUUCUAUUGGAUUUAUAUUUCAUUUGGAGUCUGCUACACGGCAGCUCCGGCAGGCUUGAUCUUGUUCUUCCCGGUGCAGCCUAAUGAAUAUGAUCUAUUUCUUUUCAAAUAAUCUUUGAAAUUCCCAGGAAAAAAAAAAAACUCUGCUCUGUUGAGCUAUCAUGUAAAUGUGUUUGUUUAAAAAACUGAUGAGGCAAGUGUGUGAUUGAUUGUUCCUGAAGAAGUACAUCUGAUUUUUUUUCUUAUACUCCAAAAGCUAGUUCCUUCUCUUUCUUAAGAAAAAAAAUGGGUAACUCUUUGUUUUUCACUAGCGAACUUUCCCGCUAUUUCCUCACUCUUUCUAGGUAGUGUUAUUAAUGCAAUGCAUAUGAUAGUUAUCGAUACAGCAUAAGAUUUCACGAACUGCAAUGGUCCACCCACGUAAUGAACUGAGAUGAUCCACCUCAUUAUGUGAGUCCGUCCAGAGGAUGUUCCUGUUCCGGGUGGGCCAAUGUUCUGUAUCAGUUACACUAACUUUUGUUUAAAAUAUUUAUUCUAAAAUGCCUCUGAGAAAUAGUAAAAAAAAAAAAAUUAAAAAUAAGUUGUCUAAAAUGCAACAGCUUUUAUAGUCAAUGUACAUUUAUAAAUAAAAUACUCAAUCUA